AGGUCAUGUGCUGGCACGUUCUGCAUACUGCUUCUAAAUAUUGAGCUGCACCUUUAAGAAUGUCAUAUGCUGGUAGCUAACUCAGAAGGUUGUACCAUUAUACUUUUGCUUUGGUGAACUUGUAAUGGCUUUCUCUGAAAUAAUAUUUGACAUAUCAAUAAUUUCAAUAUCAUGUUUAGGCAUUAUCUAACCUAUGUACAGUAAAUUUCUGUAUAUUGAAUACAUUUGUUGAGACUCUUUGUUACCAACAGUUGCUUUGAUUAUGGUUGAAUACAUUUGGUGAGACUUUAUUUCCUAUCCAUUUUACCAACAGGUGCUUGUAUUGAAUGGUUGAAUAUAUUGAUUGAGACUCUCUCUCUUUCCUAUCCAUUUUACCAACGGGUGCUUGAAUUUAAUGGUUGAAUAUAUUUGUUGAGACUAUCCGUUUUACCAACAGGUGCUUGAACUGAAUGGUUGAGAAUGAGAAUUAUCUCUCUUUGGUCAAGGUUAGGUCAGACAUGUUCUGUGGUAUAUUCCAUGACAUACAUAUUUAUUGACCUAGACACCUGUAAUCAGUUAAGCAUGUCCCUUAAACAAAGGAAUACGAGAAAUUCAAUAUCAUAUUGAAUUGUUCAUGUUUAUUAUUAUAGAUAAAUGAUAAUUGUGAUUGGCAACUGUUUGCACGCACACACACGAACAGUUCACAAAGUAGAUGGCAUAUAAAUAAAUAAAAAAAAUAUAUAGUGAUUUUAGAAAUUUUUGCACAUUCUUAAAGAUUAUUGUAAAGUUUGCUGUACAUAAGUUCUCUACACCUUAAUGAAAUGUCAAUUCAUGCCCUUUUCUGUAUCACUGGGACAGUGAAAGAGUUCAAAGAAAACUGGUCAUGAAUAGAAAAUAGCUGUCAGAUACUAGUAAAAGGAUUAUAAAGAUUACAUUCAAUCUACAAAUUUCAGUGUUUUUAAAAUAUUAUCAGACAAAAAGAAUAAAUUUCCUGACUGCUGAAAUACAAGAAUAUGACGGUCAUUCCAGUGAGUGACUGUCAAACGAGGGAAAAAAAUCUGAGUAAAUUGAAUUUUGUAGGGAUAUAUGGAAUGCAUUUGAUCUUUUUUCUCAUCUGGAUUAACAGGCAUAUGGCCGUCAGCUACAUUUCUUUCCUUGGUCUCUCAUCAGGAUUUUUUUGUUCUAAGUUCUAAAACAGCAGGGGAAGGUUUAAAUCAAUGAUUAAACUUAGGUCACAGACCAUACUGAACAGGAGUACUGCUCUAGAUACCAUAAUGUGUAUUUAAAGGACACUGGCCUUGUUUAAUUCAAAGACGUAGAUAAACACAAUGUGCAGUGUUUUCGCUUGUGAUAAAGCUUUGGGGGUCCCUAUUCAAUUUAGUGAAACUAUUGAUGAUAUGUCAGUACUAGCUUAUCCCGAAAUCCCCUCCAGACCUGUGCUGGGAUUUUGGGAUUAGCUGACAACUUCAGGGGUGUCCUCUUCUGUCAAUAAUUCUGAAUUAAUGCAUAUGUUUUAAUAAAAUUGAAAGUGGAUAAUAUAUUGGGUCUAAUUUCUACCUUUGUAUAAUUUUUUGGAGAAAUUGUCAUGUGCAUGCUGCUUAUAUAGAAAUGCUAUGUGUCAUUUAUGUUCGUAAAUAAAAUAUUUAAACCAUUCUUUCACUGAAAUUUAAUAUUGACAACUUUUUAGUAGUUGGUGUUCCAAGUCAUUAAUUUAUCCCGAUGUUAAACGGGAAUACACUGUAUAUCAGUGACACAAGUUUAACAAUGAGAAAGACGUUCUUUUUCACCGGGCAGAAGAAUUUACGUAAAGAGUUCUGUAUGUAACCCUGAUAAAAAGGUGGAUGUCAAACAGCAGUAUUGUUUUCACUUUUCAGUGCCGAUGAUUACAUUGUUAACUCUAUUUAUGUAAGAUCUCGGGUUGCCAGCAUUGUGGGUUUAUAAUCUUUUCAUUACUCAUUGAAAACAAAUACACAUAUUGAUAUCUGAUAGUGGAAAUGGCUCCGGAGAAAUGAUAAGUGGAAUUAUUUCCACUUUCGGUGAUAAUAGUGAGAAAAUAUUGAACUGAGAUUUGGUCAUACCUACAUGGAAUUAAACAUUAUCUGAAUAUUAAAAUCCUGGUGAUGUCGAAUGACCUUGUAAAAUUUUGGGUUCUACAACAAAAGAAUGCACGCUGGAAUCUACAGUUUGGAUACAGACUACAUAGGAAGUGAUUUGAUAUUUUAUAACCAAUUAAUGUUUGUCGGAACGAGAUAUAUGACUGUGGAGAUUUUUUGCUGAUUUGUGAUGACACGUAGAUUUCCGAUUUUAGCCUUGAAUACACAUCAAUCUUUUGAACAGAGCCUUUAAAUGACAUCAGCAUAGAGACCCCCUGGAGGCAACAGGCAUUUGAUUUCAAGGCUCCGAAAUCUAUCUUUUCUUGGAGACGAUCUUGGAUCUUGCAGGCUGCCUAAGUAAAGUGCAUCAUGAUUUAGACUGUCAUUGUCUUCUGGGAAUGGCUAUUGUUCCAUCUGCAACUAGACUCUGAUUUAUUUGUGCAGUCAGAGUCAAAAGAGCUUUAAAAACAUUAUCACCUUUCACAUAAAUUCGUGGUGAAAGCACAACUAAAAGCUGGCAUUAAAUGGGAUUAGAACUAUAUACAAGAAUUAAUGUAUUUAGCUAUAUAUAAAACAGUUCAACUAACUAGGUUGUGAUCAUAACAGCUUAAUUUGGUCACUGGAGCAAAUUUGGGUAUUUUGUUAUUGCUAAUAACAUUUUUAAAAGUGUUGAUAUUAUUCAUACAUAGAAUUUGUAUAAAAUUGAAUUGGUGUAAAUUUUUGGUAAUGGUUUUAACAUUAUCAAAAGGUAAAUGCGUGAAGAGGUAAAUUUUUAAAUAGUAACAUUUGUACAGAAUGUUAUUUAAAUUUGUUAAUUUUUUUUAUAGAUUCACUUGAAGGCAUAACAAUCUCCAAUGGUUUAGAUAUUCUGAAAGUGUUUUAAUAAUUGGUAACGCAGUAUUAUUCCUUCUAUUUGAAGUAACCAUAGGCCGAAGAACAUCUUACUGGAAAAGUCAGCAGAAUUGUAUACUGUAAGCCAAAAAUCAAUAAGUGAAAUUUAAAAUGUGUCUGAAGCCCUGCGUUUGUAGCGACUGGGAUGUUUUAUUGCUUUUUGAUAAGGAUACAAGUCCGUCAUAAGUGUGAGCUAAGGACUCUUCCUUCAAACAGUUAAAGACCAGGUGAUGUUUUGAUUUAUUUCUUCUGGAUACGUAUUUAUAGAUGUAGAAUAAAUUCAUUUUGAUAUGACAUUUUAUGUGGGACAGAUUUUUUUUUAAUGAAUUCUAAGAGCACAGACCGUCUGUUCAAAACUAAAUUUUGAAAAAUGGCCACUACACCUCCUUCGACAAAUGAUCGUCGAACAAAACAUCCUUAUCCAAGCCUUCCGAGUGCCCAUAAACACAAUGUUAUAGGGGACGAAAUUGAAGAUGAAGAAGCACCGAUUAAAACAGUAGUAUAUGUGCCAAAUCGUGUAAAUGCCAGGGGACAGUUUCCUGUUGUCUCCGUGCACAAGAAGAAGGAUGGCCGCUAUGUAGUUGUUGAACAGAGGCCAGUGCAUACAUACUUCUCCGGUGAAAAAUUCAAUGACUUGCAAAGCCUUCAGGAGAAAGAGGACAAAGUGAAUCGAGAAAAUAAGUACAAAUAUGUCAAACCUCCAUGGAAAUGGUCUUCAAAGGGGAAAUUCAUGGAGAGGUCUUUUGAUCGCAAUUACUACUAUCCAUAUCUCCCUCCCAUUAACAGUCAUGUAGACAAUGUUGCACCAAAGGUAGGGUCUCUGGACAAUGCGCAACAUACGCCGAGACCAUCGAACAAAAAAGUGCCACAUUUUCACGUUCACUGGGAAGCUGAGGCUAAAGUUGGAUCGCUAGAUAACGUUGAUUAUAAGAAGGGGCGAUCACGAAGUCACCCAGCCUCAGAAGUCGGAAAUAGAUCCGACAUCAGUGAAUUUGAGACACACAGUCUGAAACUGCCGCCAAUUAAAUAUGGAGGAAGUGGAGAUGUAGGUGCAUUUGGGAAUGCCCAUUUUACUCCUGGAUCCACACAGACGUCGCCAAGAUCCACGAAAAUUACAGCCAAGUCGAAGAUUGGCUCACUGGACAAUAUCCACUAUAUGCCAGGAGGUGGGGAUGUGGAGAUUCCACAUUUUCCACAUGACCUUAAAGCAGAGUCAAGAAUUGGAUCUUUAGAGAAAUAUUUCCACAAACCAGGCGGAGGAGAGGUGCAGAUCAUUGAUCUAAAACCGAGGUGGAAAUCCAAAGCGAAAGUCGGAUCACUAGAAAACCUCACCCAUUCACCUCAAAAAUCCAGCUUCAAAGUGCCACAUUUCAGUGAAAACUUUCAACAGAAAGCAAAACCCAAAAUUGGCUCCCUGAAAAACAUUGAGCACACUUCAAAGUCGAAGCAUGCACAGAUAUUCAAUUCAAAACCGACCUGGAAGAAGGAAUCCAAGAUCAGCGCUUUGUGGAAAACCAAACACAGAUAUGCUGAUCCAUAUGAUCCGGAAUAUGAUGAAGACGCUGAGAUAGAAGCCAGGAUUAGAGAACUGAUGAAACGGUGAUAAGAAAGACAUUAUUUUAUUUAAGUGCCUGAGUAGGCUGUGAUGGGAGCCCAUAUCUUGCCUAUAUUUGGUAUAUAUAGCAACGUUUACCCAUAAAUUUAAACAAGUGGUCCAUACAUGGUGAAUUGAAUGAAAUUUUACAUUUAAGUUUUCAUGAAAUUUGAAAGAACUUUUUUUAUGUUAAUAGAAAUGUAUUUAUGAAAGAUACAUGUAUGAAUUUUUCAAGCUAUUUUCUAGCUUCUUUUGUUUCAUGAUAUGAAUGAUCGAUUAAAAAUUUGUGAGUGUGAUCACCAUGUCUUACAAACAAUUGAAAUUGAUUAGUCACACAAUUCAGAAGUUGUAUUAUCCAGUCUUUGUUCGAGUGUGACAAAAUGGUACAAUAGUUUGUGCCAGUAGUUUCAUUUCUGUUCUUUAUUUAUGGUAGAUAAUUGUUUGAAUAAAGUUGAUAAAAUUGA